AUGACUUCGUCCACCCCUCCUCCUGCGAUGCACCAAGCUCGCACUCAGACGAUGACUUCGCAGGACCUAGGAAUGCGUGGUGGGAUGCAGCGGCCGCCCCCUCCACGCCCAGGCGGGUAUCCUCCGCCAAAUGGCAGCGCGCCGAAUGGUGGGAGCAUGCCAAAUGGCUAUAAUCAGCCGCCGCGACAGUCCUUACCGGGUCAAAUUCCAUCUCAACCUCAACCGCACUAUUUGCCACAGCAAGUCCGGCCAGACCGGCGGGCAUACCCCUUACCACAACGCGUCGACCCUCGCGGCACUCCUCAAUCACAAUAUGGGCAAAGGAUGCCUCAGCAGCGAUAUUACACCGGUAGUGGACCUGGUCCGGCUCCAGCAUUGAAUUCGGAUCCGUACCGAUCACAAUCGAUGGCGAGCACUCCGAGGCCACAAAUGUAUUCACCGCCAGCCCCAGCUACCUUUAAUCCGUCCCCGGCAAUUGCUUUCAGACAAGGUCCAUAUCACCCACAGACUUCCCGGAUGACUGCCCAGGGACGAACAGUACCCGAACGACACGAUGAGAGGGCAAUGUCCAUGACGAGCUACCCUCAGGAUCGGGAUCAACAUCAGACUGCGAGUGGGCGAACUAUUCCGAAUAGGAGAACUUCUUCAUCUGGACCGCAGGAACCAUUACCCAAUGGAUAUCCUGGAGCGAGAAGUGCACCUGCUGUCCAGACUCGUACGGCUAGCAUGGCAUCAACAGUUGUGGGCGAUGCGAGUCGCUCGAUGUCAAUGGCUUCAACUGUUGUCCCGCCCGAACAGGCAGAGGCUCUUCAACAUCGGUCAUCCGUUACUAAGUCUGUCAGCAGUGGUCGACAAAAGUCGCCAUUAGUGUACCCUGCCUUGCUAUCACGCGUUGGAGAAUGUUUCAGGGAGAAAAUCUCAGUGGGUGAUAGGACGAAGAACGACCUUACGUACAAGAACGCCUUCAGCGGAGCUGAAGCCGUCGACGUUAUCUCCUACAUCAUCAAGACUACGGAUAGGAAUCUAGCCCUGCUUCUUGGACGUGCCUUGGAUGCUCAGAAGUUCUUCCACGAUGUGACCUACGACCACCGGUUGCGAGACUCCACCACGGAGAUGUAUCAGUUCCGAGAGACGUUGAUGGAUGAACCGCAUGAAGCGCCACAGGUUAAUGGCGUCUUUGUGUUGCUUACCGAGUGCUACUCUCCAACAUGUACCAGGGACCAACUGUGCUAUUCGAUAGCUUGCCCGCGUAGACUUGAGCAACAAUCACGGUUGAACUUAAAGCCGCAGGGAGGUCUUCGGCGUGAGAAAUCACAAGCAAGUCUACACGAUGCGGACGAGCCGGAUGAGCAAAAAUUGUGGAUCAACACCGUGUCCCAGGAGAUCGCUAAUAGUGUUGGUGAUCGGGAGAAGAAGCGCCAGGAGGUCAUUUCCGAAAUCAUGUAUACCGAAAGAGACUUCGUGAAAGAUUUGGAGUACUUGCGAGAUUUCUGGAUCCUCCCCUUGCGUUCUACGAAUCCUGCUGCCCCCUCGCCAAUCCCGGAGUCACGGAAAGAGAGGAUCGUGCGAACCAUAUUUUCCAACAUUAUUGAUCCGCCAAGUAUCCACGGUGUCAGCUCAAGGUUUGCUGAAGCACUGACAGAGCGACAAAGGAAACAUCCAGUUGUGCAAUGCGUGGGCGAUAUCUUCCUCGAGUUUGUUCCGCAAUUCGAACCAUUCAUCACAUACGGCUCGAAUCAACUAGCUGGGAAGUUUGAGUUCGAGAAUGAGCGCUCACUGAACCCAUAUUUCGGGAAGUUUGUAGAUGAAACAGAGCGGCGGAAGGAAUCAAGGAAACUUGAGCUCAACGGAUACUUGACGAAGCCUACGACGAGACUCGCAAGAUAUCCACUUCUAUUGGAGAAUGUCCUUAAAUAUACUGACCCCUCGAACAAGGAUACAGAAGAUAUUCCGAAGGCCAUGAAAAUGAUUCGCGAUCUCUUGACCCGUGUGAAUGCCGAGUCUGGCAAGGCGGAAAACCGCUUCAACCUAAAGAGACUCCAUGAGCAGCUUCGAUUCCGACCGAACGAACGUGUGGAUUUGAAGCUCACAGAUGAUGGUCGAGAGCUGAUAUACAAGGGAACCUUGAAGAAGACCCCAACUGAUCCCUCAGAUAUCCAAGCGUAUCUCUUCGACCACGCCAUGCUUUUGGUCCGUGUUAAGACGGUUGGCAAAAAAGAGGAAGUGAAGGUCUACCGACGGCCCAUUCCUCUAGAGUUACUGGCCAUCCGUGAAAUGGACGAAGUAAUUCCGAAGCUUGGCAUAGCGAAACGACCAUCAUCUAGCUUAAUUCCAGGAGCUAAAAACAACACAGCUGAUAAUUCUAAGAAGGAUGGGUUCCCGAUCACUUUCCGACAUCUUGGAAAAGGUGGUUACGAGCUCACACUCUAUGCAAGUACUCAAGGUGCACGGAAGAAGUGGAUGGAACACAUCGGAGACCAGCAGACUAUCCUUCGGAAGCGCGGAGACUUCUACAACAGGUCAAUUUUGAGCAAUAAUUUCUUUACGUCUGUCAACAGGGUCAACUGUGUUGCACCUUUCGACGGUGGUCGCAAAUUGAUCUACGGUACUGACUCUGGCAUCUUCGUCUCGGAUCGUAGGGCGAAGGAUGCUGCAGCCAAGCCCAUUCGAGUCUUAGAUGCCACGAACGUUACUCAAAUUGACGUUCUGGAGGAGUAUCAACUACUCUUGGUCCUGUCACAAAAAUCACUGCUGUCGUAUUCCCUGUCUGCGCUCAAUCCCCACGAGCCUGCACUUUCCAAGCGACCCAAGAAGAUCCAAAGCCAUUGCAAUUUCUUCAAGACAGGCAUAUGUCUUGGCCGACAUCUUGUCUGCUGCGUAAAAUCCUCAGCACUGUCUACCACUAUCAAGGUCUUUGAGCCCAAUGAUGCUAUGUCGAAGGGCAAAAAGCAGAAAGGAUUCAAGAUGUUCAAUAGCGGGCAGGAUGAACUGAAAGCGUUCAAGGAGUUCUACAUUCCAACUGAAUCCUCGUCUAUACACUUCCUCAAGUCGAAGCUCUGUGUGGCUUGCGCACGUGGGUUUGAAGUUGUGUCUCUGGAAACACUUGAAACGCAAUCACUCCUCGAUCAAGCAGAUACGUCGUUGGAUUUCGUGGCGCGCAAAGAGAACGUUAGGCCAAUUCACAUUGAACGUCUCAACGGUGAAUUCCUUCUCAACUAUUCUGAGUUCUCAUUCUUUGUCAAUCGCAAUGGUUGGCGAGCAAGACCGGACUGGAGGAUUGACUGGGAAGGGCAGCCUCAGAGCUUCGCUCUUUCGUACCCCUGGAUACUCGCAUUUGAAUCGAAUUUCAUCGAGAUUAGGAAUAUCGACACAAAUGCGGUGCAUAUUGUGCCGCAUAAGAAUAUUCGGAUGCUUCACACAAGUACUCGGGAGAUCAUUUACGCAUACGAGGACGAACGAGGCGAAGAUAUUGUGGCAGCUAUUGAUUUUUGGCCAGCCGGCCGCAAACCAGAAGGGGGACAUCAGGCGCUGCCUCCAGCAGGAACUGACCAAGGCCAUCCACAGACGUCAUCACGGCACUGA